AUGCCAAGGGACUCAAAAUACAAAUAUUGUUUUGUAUCGAAGUGUACAAAUACUUCGACAAAAUGCCCUAAUAAACGAUUUUUGAGCGUUCCUUAUGAUGCUAAACGGAGAUUAUUGUGGUUUAAAGUAGCAAGACGUAAUGAUACGGCAAAAUCUAAAACACAUCAUGAUUGUUGUGAAGAUCAUUUUGUUUUAGAAGAUGAUUUAGAUAAUUAUAUUCAAUUUAAGCUUAUGGGAGCAUCAAUACUUAAACUGAAGAAAAAUAUUGUACCACAUAUUUUUGAUUGUCAGGUUGAUCGUAAGCAAGCAUUAACAUCAAACCCUCGACCAUUGCAUAGUAAAAGAAUCCGAAAAAAUAUCAUUGAUACCGCUAUACAAAAUCAAUCUUGUAUGACAGAAGAACAUAUUGAUACAGUUAUACCUGAUGCUGAAAUAAUAAUUGAAGAUUUCCAACAGUCUGAUAAACAAACAAAAGAAAUUGGUAUACAAGUAAAUUUAAACAGUAAAACGGUUCCUAAAUCAACUAGAAGCAAGGGAACACAGUGUGAUAUCAGUGUGGAGUUUCAAACUGAAAAUACUAUAGUUGAUAAGUUGACUUUAAAUGUAAAUAAAUCUAAUAGUAAAACACAUGAAUGUACCUCAAUGUAUGGUUCAACUAGUAGUUCAAAUUCUGAGAGUGAGCUAGAUACUUCUAUGGAUAUUUCUAUUAAUUCUUUUUCUAGUAUUUCACAUACAAAUAACGAACAAAAAAAAUUCAAAGAUAUGAGCUAUGAAAUGACUUGUUUCUAUAUAAAAAAUAAGCCCAAAGCUUAUAUAGGUUUAAAUCCUGAUUGGUAUAAUCAAGGAUUUGUUGUAGGGAAGUCCGAGACGUAUAAGUUAAAAAGUAAAGGUGAAAUUUUUGAACCUUGUGGUACUCCUGCGUUAAUUUGUUUUGUUCCCGAUGUAGUAUCGUUGAUUCGAACUUUAAAGCAGCGAUCGGAGAGGUAUUCAGAUGUGCAAUCAAUUAUUGAUUGCUUAGAAAUAGAAAUUCCUAAGCCAUCCAAUCCUAUAGAACAAUCAUUGACAUGGUCUGAUUAUAAAAAAUGCAACACACUUAAAUAUUUAAUAUCAUCUACCCCAGAUGGGUUUAUUAAUUUUAUUUCUGAGGGCUAUGGUGGUAGAUCUAGUGAUGCUCUAUUAGUUGAGAAAUCUGGUUAUUUAGAAUGUCUUCCUGAGAACUGUACAGUCAUGGCUGAUAGAGGGUUCAAAAGUAUAGACUUUAUGUUGGAAAAACGAGUGUGUAAACUGGUUAGACCACCAAGUGUUUUUUCAAAUAAAAAGUCUACUAAAGAAGAAGUGCUUGAAACUAAACGUAUAGCUAGUUUGAGAAUACACAUUGAACGAUUUAGUUUCAAAUGUAGAUGA